CUCCCCCACUGUCAGUUGGUUACCAUGUUGCGCACCACGUCCACUCGCGUCUUCCGCCGCUGCUUCUCCACCGAUGCCCCUGCUGCGCCUUCCACCCCUGCCAAGAAAAGUGGUUCGUCGCUGGGCCAACGAUUCGCCGCAUUCUUUGUUGGUGCCGCUGUUGGUGGAGCCGGUGCCAUUUACCAAAUCCGUCAGGACUUGCUCGUGUCCAACGGCGAACUCCAAAAGGAACUCACGGCGUUGAAAGGCGACGUUGUCGAGGCGAACGCUCGUUUGGCACAACGCGUCGCGCAGUUAGAAAAGGCGUCCAAGUAAUUUUCGUGUUAACUCGAGACGUCGGCAUUGCUCCAGCUCGAAUCGUCUCAUUCCGCUAACCCCAGCAACGAAUACAGCUAGAAGCCGUUUAUGGUGUAGCUGACGUGAUCUACGGCGUGGAAGCUAGCGCUAUCCUGCGUGUCGAAGCAGGUGCUUCGAAUCAAGUUAAGCACUAGCUGCAGCUGACGAUUCGUUCGAAUGGAUUGAUUACCCAGCACCUACGAACUCCAGUGACAAACGACAUGGCUGGCAUUCGAUGUACUCACCACGUUGUACACGUUCUGAACGCAGCCAGCUUGCUGGUCGAAGAACAUCGUCGUUGCUUCUACCGCGUCAAUGGAAGCGGCUGAAAUGCUGCGGAUCUUAAUCUCAGUUUGCAACCGAUAAAACUCAAGGAGCUCCAACAGCUCCACUGCGCA